AUGACGGUUAGUGCGGUGCUAGCGGCCGACGCUCCCAGAAGCAGCACCGCUUCUCUCCACCCCGGACCCUUUGGCGUGGCUGCUGCUCGAGUGCAGGCCAGAUGCACCUCUGCAGAUCUCGCGCGCAUGCCUCGAGCGGAAGAAUGCGCAGCAGCUGCCACUCGGAAGCCGACGACGCUGCGAAUCCUCCUCCGCUCAAUCAACCAUGACGCCAAGCACGCUCUCGAUGUGAGGCCCAAGGUCUACCUACGCCCUCAGCCCUCCAAUCCACAGCCAGCAGCCAGCAGCUCUACCACCAAGCCGCCUUUGGGACCCACAACGCGGAGCUACUACUCUACGCCUUCCGACGCUCGGAGACUUGUCCAGAUGAACGCUCCUUCCGCCCGCCUGCGCGCUUAA